ACUCAUCGCUAAGCCUAAACAUUUCGAGAGCUCGAAAAAAAAAACAGUAAUGAAACUUCAAACAUUAAUUCUUCUAAUUGUUUUUCUAAUAGCCUCCGCGGCUGCAAGGAAGCAACAUGCGGCAGGUGGAUAUAACACCAUCACAAACAUUAACGAUCCUCAUGUCAUUGAAAUCGCUAAUUUCGCUGUAACUCAGUACAACAAGCAAAGUGGUGCGAAGCUGAAGUUGAAGAAGGUAAUCAAAGGUGAAUAUCAGGUUGUUGCAGGGAUUAACUACCGCCUCACACUCUCUGCCGGUGAAGGAUCGGUUUCAGAGAUCUAUGAAGCUGUUGUGUGGGAGAAGUCAUGGCUUCACUUCCGAAACCUCACUUCUUUUAAACCACUAGAUGCUUAAAUUAGAGCCAGAGGUUGCGCUUAUCUUAUUGCAUCGUUCUUCUGUAAUGAACUGUGUUAUAUUAUCAUGGUUAUUUGUAUCAAUAAAAGUUAUGCCUAGUAAAUAACAUUAGUAAUUUUCAUGAAAGGAUGACAAACAGAAAUUAACUCAUUA